AUGCAUUCGUCGGCUAUUAGUCCGUCGAUGUCUGCCAUGUCUUCGGGCAACGAUCGCGACCACAACCGACAACUGCAACCGCAACACAACCACAACCAUAACCACAACAACCAGUACUUCGGAAGUGACGGCAAACCGAAGAUGAAGAACAAAUACCAUAAGAAGAAGUACGACAUCUUUCCCGGACGUAAUCGCUUCUACUGUGACGGACGCAUAAUUAUGGCCAAACAGAUCUCCGUCUUCUACUUCACCAUCACUCUAAUCAUCGCCNCACAACCAUAA